AUGGAAGGCGGCUGCGCCUGCGGCCUUAUCCGGUAUCGUCUCGAAACCCAGCCCCUUAUCGUCCACUGCUGCCACUGCACUUCCUGCCAACGCGAGACGGGCACCGCAUUCGCCCUAAACGCCGUCAUCGAGUCUAGCAGGGUCACUCUCCUCCCCUCAAAUGAUCCUCACGCCAUCGGAAUCCGGCAAAGGACAGAACAUCGCUCGCUGUCCUCAGUGCCAUGUAGCGGUUUGGUCGCACUACGGUGGAGCGGGGCCGUAUUGUCGGUUUGUGAGGGUGGGGACGCUGGACGAGGCGUGGAGGGUUGGGCCGGAUGUGCAUAUCUUCACGAGGAGUAA